GGUGAUUGAACUGAACUACUUGCCUCUGUGUCUAUUUAUCAUCUCGUCUGAAAGAUAUUUACUAUAAAUAUCUGGUCUUUCUUGUGUGCAUCGUAAAAAGAAGAACACAUAAUCGAUACCGUCGGUUGAUGAUAUUAAUUUGGAAAAGAAAUUAUUUAAAUGAAGAGGAACGGCGAAACGAAGCGGCGGAGGAACGUGGCAGAGGAGGCGGAGCAGGGAGGAGAAGAUCCGGCGAUGUGGGAGAAUCUAGAUCGGAAUUUCAGACAAGUGCAAUCGGUUUUGGACAGAAACAGAUCACUGAUCCAGCAGGUCAACGACAAUCAUCAAUCAAAAAUGGCUGAUAACAUGUCAAAGAACGUCGCUUUGAUCCAAGAACUCAACGGAAACAUCUCUAAGGUUGUUUCCAUGUAUUCUGAUAUCAAUACCAAAUUCUCAUCGGCGUUUCACGGUGGCAAUAACGGACACGAAGGUGGUGGUGGUGGUGCCGGAACCAGAGCUAAUUAAUCAACCCCAUCUUUCUUUGUUGGACCGGCCGGUUUGAAAAUUUGAACCAGUCGGUUAACCAAUGAUCUAAUAAUACCUAUAUUACUAUAAAGUUAUGUUAUGUUAGUUUUGUUGCAAUGAUUGUCCUUAGAAAAAAAUCCGUGGGAGAAAACCCAUCAUUUGGGUUAUUUUAAAUUUUUAAUCAUGGUUUUGAGUCUUUUUCAAUGUGUCUCUACUGCAAUUUCUCUAUUAAUAGUAGUUAUUUAGAUUUUCCAUCUUUUAUUUAUUUAUGCUAUUUGAAAGCUCUUCGUGCAUGAUCAACGACAUUAUUGAAGGUUGUGUUAGAUUUUGCAACUUGGAAUAAAGUCGUCACGUGGUGGUGAUGCAAUUUAGUAUGACAUGUAAAGCGAUCAUUUAUAACAAUUGUUUUCUAUUGA